AUGGAUCCACAUAGUCCAAUUGUCCUCGACCAAGGUACUGGUUUCGUCAAAAUUGGACGUGCUGGGGAGAAUUUCCCAGAUUACACGUUCCCCUCUAUUGUUGGUAGACCUAUUCUAAGAGCUGAGGAACGUGGUAGCAUUUCAACUCCUUUGAAGGAUAUUAUGAUUGGUGAAGAAGCAAGCGAUGUACGUUCAUAUUUACAAAUAUCUUACCCCAUGGAAAAUGGUAUCAUUAGAAAUUGGCAGGAUAUGGAACAUCUUUGGGAUUACGCCUUUUACAACCAGAUGAAAUUCCCAUCAACUUCUGGUGGGAAGAUUUUACUUACUGAACCACCCAUGAAUCCAUUGAAGAAUAGAGAAUUGAUGUGUGAAGUAAUGUUUGAAAAGUAUGAUUUUGGCGGCGUUUAUGUGGCAAUUCAAGCUGUCUUAGCGUUGUACGCUCAAGGUCUGUCUUCCGGUGUGGUUGUGGAUUCUGGUGAUGGUGUCACACACAUCGUUCCAGUUUACGAGUCUGUGGUUCUAAACCAUUUAACAAGAAGACUAGAUGUAGCAGGUAGAGAUGUCACUAGACAUCUGAUUGAUUUGCUUUCCCGCCGUGGUUAUGCAUUUAACAGAAGUGCAGAUUUUGAGACUGUUCGUCAAAUAAAGGAAAAAUUAUCUUAUGUGUCUUAUGAUUUAAAUCUAGAUACCAAACUGGCUAGAGAAACAACUGUUUUGGUGGAAAAUUAUGAAUUACCUGAUGGUAGAGUUAUUAAAGUGGGUCAAGAAAGAUUUGAAGCUCCAGAAUGUCUAUUUCAACCGGAUUUGGUGGACGUGGAACAACCUGGUAUCGGUGAACUAUUAUUUAACACAAUACAAUCUGCAGAUGUGGACAUUAGGAGCAGUCUUUACAGAGCAAUUGUGCUUUCUGGUGGUUCUAGUAUGUAUCCAGGUCUGCCUUCAAGAUUGGAAAAGGAAUUGAAACAACUAUGGUACACAAGAAUUUUGCGUGGAGAUGCCGCUAGAUUGGAUAAAUUUAAAGUUAAAAUUGAAGAUCCACCUAGAAGAAAGCAUAUGGUCUUUAUCGGUGGUGCUGUCUUGGCAAGUAUCAUGGCUGAGAAGGAUCACAUGUGGUUGACAAAAGAGGAAUGGCAUGAAAGUGGUCCAGCUGCAAUGGCUAAGUUUGGACCUAGAUAG